GAGGUGGAGGAGGAGGCAGACAAGAAGGUGAAGGUAGAGGAGGUGAAGGCAGAGGAGGAGGUGAAGGCAGAGGAGGAGGAGGAGGAGGCAUUAAAGCUGAAGCUGGUCACACUCACAGGGCCCCACAGAGGAGGCCAGUGUUCACAGGGCAGGGUCAGAAUGCCCAACCUCAGCCAGACCUAUUUAGCCCUAGCCAAACCUAUGACUACAACCCUGCCCAGUGGAGCUGGCCAAUGGAGCCCUCAGGCCCUGGUCUGAGACACUAUUCCCCUGUGAGAGAACAAUGUGGCUGUGUGGGACAGGGUGGAGGUGACGCUGUUGGGACGGCGACCGGGACACACCCCUUUAACAACAGCAGACAUGCGUCAGCCUUGUCACUCCUGGCGGACCCAGAGCCGGCACACAGACAGACUAGCUACAACUACGAUCCAGAGGGGCGCAGGCAGGCUAGUUAUGGAGUGGAAGAACAGAUCUGGGGUCAGUCAAAACACAGACAGGCCAGCUGCAGCUACAGUUUGAGGCUAGAAAGACAGACUAGCUACGGUCCACAGGAACUACACAGACAGGCUAGCUACAGCUACAGUCCAGAAGACAAACCGAUACACGGACAGACUAGCUACUGUCCAGAAGAACAGGUCUGGGAUCAGUCGAAACACAGACAGGCUAGUUAUAGUCCAGAAGACAAACCGAUACACGGACAGACUAGCUACUGUCCAGAAGACAAGAUCUGGGAUCAGCCGAAACACAGACAGGCUAGUUAUAGUCCAGAAGAACAGGUCUGGGAUCAGCCGAAACACAGACAGGCUAGUUAUAGUCCAGAAGAACAGGUCUGGGAUCAGCCGAAACACAGACAGGCUAGUUAUAGUCCAGAAGAACAGGUCUGGGAUCAGCCGAAACACAGACAGGCUAGCCACAGUUACAGUACAGAAAGGCAGGACUGGAGAUUUACUGCUGGUGGUCAACACGAUCAUUUGGACAGGUGUGUACCAUUGGAACAAGGAAAUUUACACUCCCACAUGCCAAAUGGAUGCUGUGGCAUUGGUGGUCCAAGUCCCAGGCCUGUGUCCUCUCGGGGCAGGGGAGAUAGAGCUAACCACCAGGAGAGGACUACUAGAUUAAAGGCUGGAGGAGUUGGAGGUGGGAUAGGAGAAGACGGCUGUAAUGGACGACAUGUCCCUGCUGGCUCUAGCUCUGAGGGUUUGGUCAGGAAGAACCAGGGUUUGCUCCGGGAGAAGGAGGGUUCAGUCAGGGAGAAGGAGGGUUCGGUCCUGGAGAACCAGAUUUCGAUCCGGGAGAAUAAGUGUGCGGUCCAUGAGAACCGCGGUUCAACCCAGCAGAACCAGGGUUCGAUCCGGGAGAAGGAGGAUUCAGUCCAGGCGAAGAAGGGUUCGGUCCGGGAAAACCAGGGUUCGGUCCGGGAGAAGGAGGUUUCAGUCCGGACGAAGGAGGGUUCUGUCUGUGAGCAGAUCAGACAGGUGGUGUCAGACCUGGAGGGGGUCCUGGGUGGUCUCAAACAAGUCCACGUGGAGAUGAAGGAGGUGGUCCAACAGAUAGAUCGUCUGACAGCUAACAUUGACCUGGAAGAGGAAGAGGGAUCAUGUAACAAGUCCCCUAGUCGUGGUGACGGUCACCUCAACCCCAGAGACUGUAAAGGUGGUGACGGUCACCUCAACCCCAGAGACUGUAAAGGUGGUGACGGUCACCUCAACCCCAGAGACUGUAAAGGUGGUGACGGUCACCUCAACCCCAGAGACUGUAAAGGUGGUGACGGUCACCUCAACCCCAGAGACUGUAAAGGUGGUGACGGUCACCCCAACCCCAGAGACUGUAAAGGUCACCCCAACCCCAGAGACUGUAAAGGUGGUGACGGUCACCCCAACCCCAGAGACUGUAAAGGAGUCCUGAUGUUCAACCAGGGAGACCAGAGACCACACUACAGAGACAUGGACCGUAUUGUCACCCAGAAGACUACUAGGGUCCAGGUACACACCCACUGGACUGGUACAGGGGACCUGGUCCACAACCAUAAGACUCCUGGGAACCAUGGACCACAGUGCAGCGACAUGGAUCAUACUGUCAUCAUACAUGACCCUCCUCCCGACCCCAGAGAUGUCCCUGGGGUCCUGGUGUACAGACAGAAGACUAAUGGAGAUCAGGGAGUCUCCCUACUGUACAGACAACCUGACCAUACUGUCACCAUACGAACUAACUCCCUGUCUCCUGUCCUCACCGCAUCUGUCAUCAAGACCAACCGGGUUGGGGUCACAGCCCUGAGCCCCAUGGGCCCUCUGAGCACCUCCAAAGACCCCAAACAGGACAGAUGGGGGCUCAACGGACACCCUCCUCUACCCGGUCCAGGUAGAGAACUGAACCAUGUGGCCCCCCAGACCCCCCCAGAGCUAGAAAUGACCCCCUCCCUACCCCUGCCCCUAUGGACUCAACUGUCUGACCCCACAGCCAUGGUCGGAUACAGUGUCCCCACUCUUAGGAUUCAGAAAUCUCCACUGUACCCCCGCCACAACGGACGGGUGGAGAGGCUCAGUAAGAGUCCGGCUCAACCAACCUACCCUGCCCACCCAGCACUGCCGGUCCUGCCACACCUGGCCCAGCCACCCUACCCUACCCACCCAACCCACCCUGCCCUGCCUCCCAGUGACUUGAAGACACCCCCCUACAACAUGGUAUGAGGGGACAGCCUCACUGCCAUGGGGGCCUGGAACAUAUAAUACAGGGACAGAACUACACUGAUAAGUAGUCUGAGAAGGAAAGCUUGUGGAGCCCUGACGUGGUGAAGAGAUGUCAGUCAGUGGUGGACACGGUCAGUGGUGGACACGGUCAGUGGUGGACACGGUCAGUGGUGGACACGGUCAGAGCUCGCCCUGAAGAGGGGGCUAUUUCCAAGGGAAAACGCUCCAGACAGACAGGAGGGGAAUUCCACAUGAAAGCCUGCGAUGCACAGGCCUUGAGACGCACAGUAUGAAGCAAGCACUUCAACAUACAUUAACAUGUAUGUGUGGUGUCUGGGGGGUUGGCAAAAACUCAAGACAGCAAAAACUGACGGUGUCACAUUUCUUACCUUUGUGUAUGAAAUAAAGAUAGCAGUGACCUAAUAAUUGGUAUUAAUAUUGAUUUGAAAUGUUUUAUGUUCUGUUCUGGCACCGAUGUGUGUUUCCAUUCUCCUUAGCUGUCUCUAUUCCAUGGUAUUCCGUGUCUAAACGGCCUUUUCUGCACCUGAAAUUACAAGUUAUUCCCUAAAUAGUGCACUAUGUUUUGAUCAGAGCCCUAUGGGUCCUGAUCAACAGUAGUGGACUAAAUAUGGAAUAGGGUGUCCUUUGGGACCCUGUCUUUAUGCUAUGGAACAAACUACUGCAUGUCAGAAUCAUCUGCAGGUAGGCCUGCUACCCUCUCUGUCUCUCUGUUUAUUAAAAAUGGUGUCUGAGAGUUUCACCACUUCUCUCCCAGAGCCCCUACAGAUAGGAUGAGACACCCCCCUGUCUUUGGCUGCGUUUAUACAGGCAGCACAAUUCUGUUACUUUUUCCACUAAUUGUUAUUUUUGACCAAUCACAUCAGAUCUUUUCACAUCAAAUAUAUUUUUCUGAGUUGAUCUGAUUGGUCAAAACACCAAUUUGUGAAGAAAAAAAAAAGAUAGGAAUUGGGCUGCCUGUGUAAACGUAGCCCUGUUUCCUCUCUCACCACAGAACAGCUCUGUUUCUCCUCUCUCCUCUGUUGACGUCAAGCCCAGUUUCCUCCCCUCACUCUCGUCUCCUCCACCCUCACUGCAGAACAGCUCUGUUUCUCCUCUCUCCUCUGUUGACGUCAAGCCCAGUUUCCUCCCCUCACUCUCGUCUCCUCCACCCUCACUGCAGAACAGCUCUGUUUCUCCUCUCUCCUCUGUUGACGUCAAGCCCAGUUUCCUCCCCUCACUCUCGUCUCCUCCACCCUCACUGCAGAACAGCUCUGUUUCUCCUCCUCAAGCCCGGUUGACUGAUAACCAAUGUACUGAGUCUGUACCACUACAAAACUGAUAGAGAGACUUCAUCACGGUGUUAUGUAAUUCCGGACGGAUUCUUGCUUGCUUGAACGCCAAUAAUUCAGAUACACAUGAAAACAUGAAAUGAGGCAGGGAAUCGGUAGAACAUCACUCAGAGAUGCACAAAAAAACAGUAUAACAUUCAAAAUGGGGUGAACCUUUCCUUUAAGCAAAAUCUGAAUAAAAUGUUUGAAAUCUUCCAAUUACUAAGAAA